AUGCAAGUCGCGACGCAUUUUCUGCGUGGCUGCGAGAUGUGUCUGUCUUUGUUUGUUGACGUUCAUUCCCCGAAAGGCAAGUGCCCCGACGCCGUCUUGUCAAGCUGCAAAUGGGACGCCCGGUUUUUUGUCUAUAAAAGCACCCCCUCCGCCGGCCCAGUUCUCUUUUUCCUCAUCAUCUCUCGAUCAUAUCAAACUACUAGUCACUCGUUAUGCAAUUCUCCACCGUCGCUAUCAUCGCUGCCUCCGUUGCUGCUGCUUCUGCCACCGUCACUGAGACUGACGUUUCCUCCACUUUGGUUACCAUCACCUCUUGUGGCCCAGAAGUCACCAACUGCCCAGCCAAGGAGCACUCUUCUUCUGCUCCAUCUAACUGGACCACCACCGCUGUCUCCUCUUUCGAGGCUGGUGCCGCUAAGCAAUACGCUGCUGGUGCCGUUGCUUUGGCUGCUGGUGCUUUGUUGGCUUUGUAAGAAGUUUAGUCUUCUAGCCUUCAACAUGCUGGGUCCGGGAUCCGCUGUUUAUAAUACCAAUAUAAAUUAG